GUCAUUGUCAAAGGUGGAACAGACAAGCAGAGAUAGCAACGGGAAGCCAGUAGCGGUAUGAGGGAGGAGGAAACAAACUCAGGCACAUGAUGAGGAUGAGAGUGACUCGACAUUCAGGUGCGGCGGCCUCCGAUGGGCGGAUCUGAUCCCUGCGACCGCUGGACACUGUCCGAACUUCCCCUGAACACUGGAUAAUACAGCAGGACUAACUAACACUGACUGACCAGCCCAGCAGGGACUUCCGCCAAGUCUUUCGUGUUUUCCACGAGCGUUCGGAACAUGUGAUGUGUUCUCGGCUGACUUUAAACAAGGGUACUAACUGAGGCAACCUGCAAUUCAACAGUCACAUGGAGUGAAAAAGUGAGGAAAACCCCCAGUCCCUGGAUGUUUUGGUUAAACCAGCAGAAUGGGAUUACAGUGACCGAGAUGCAAUCUACAUAUCAGAGAAAUCAAGAUUUAGAGAGACAUCUCAAACAAUCCGCCCUGUUCUCCAGAUGACUCGGUUCCUUUACCCUCAUAAAUCAGCUGUUUCUGUAGUGUUAUUUGAUAUUAAACUUUAGCUAUGUGGUAAUCUGUUUGAACUGGAGGGCGAGUCAGCAGAAUAAAUUCCACAUAGAUUUUAACUACAGUUUCCCAAUGUGGACAAAAGCAAUACAAAUAUCAUUUGACAUUUAAAUCGUGUUUUUACAUGAACAUGGUUUAUUGCACUGAGGGAUCAAAUGUAUCGCAGACAAUGCCCUGUCAAUGAAAUCCAAAAGUCAGCUGGAAUCGAUAAAUGACAAUGCACUGCAGUCAGCUGGCAGCCGUGAGCUGGUUGUAAGGAACUGUCGGUGCUGAUGAUUUAAUUCAAGGUUGGAUUCUGAGGAAAUCUGGAAAGACGAUCAUAUGAUGCUUGCAGUGUUUCACCCAAAACCUUCCGCACUGAACAUCCUGGCACUUUAAGAUCUUAAACGAGUGACUUUGAGGAGUUGAGACCUGAUCAGAAGAAUGGCAGGAAAAGACUACCAUCAUCUCUUCAAGCUGCUCAUCAUUGGUGACUCCAAUGUAGGGAAAAGCAGUUUGCUUCUACGAUUUGCAGACAACUCAUUCUCUGGCAGUUAUAUAACCACUAUUGGAGUUGACUUUAAGAUUCGAACUGUAGAGAUUGAUGGAGAAAGAGUAAAACUCCAGAUCUGGGACACUGCAGGGCAGGAAAGGUUCAGAACCAUCACCUCUACGUAUUACAGAAACACACAUGGUGUCAUCAUUGUUUAUGAUGUCACAAACCCUGAAUCUUUCGUCAAUGUGAAAAGAUGGUUAAAUGAGAUAUCGCAGAACUGUGACAAUGUCUGCAAAAUCUUAGGUUAG